GCCACGCCACUGAGUGCCUUGAUUCUUGUACGUAUUAUCAGCGCACUGCUAUCAUCAGUGGGGUCCGGUUGCGGAUGGUUGUCACUAGCCCUCGCGCCGCGGGCCACGCUCCCUGCCGCCGCUAGCUACACAGCCUCUCUCCUAGCCACGCCACUGAGUGCCUUGAUUCUUGUACGUAUUAUCAGCGCACUGCUAUCAUCAGUGGGGUCCGGGUGCGGAUGGUUGUCACUAGCCCUCGCGCCGCGGGCCGCGCUCCCUGCCGCCGCUAGCUACACAGCCUCUCUCCUAGCCACGCCACUGAGUGCCUUGAUACUUGUACGUAUUAUCAGCGCACUGCUAUCAUCAGUGGGGUCCGGUUGCGGAUGGUUGUCGCUAGCCCUCGCGCCGCGGGCCGCGCUCCCUGCCGCCGCUAGCUACACAGCCUCUCUCCUAGCCACGCCACUGAGUGCCUUGAUACUUGUACGUAUUAUCAGCGCACUGCUAUCAUCAGUGGGUUCCGGUUGCGGAUGGUUGUCACUAGCCCUCGCGCCGCGGGCCGCGCUCCCUGCCGCCGCAAGCUACACAGCCUCUCUCCUAGCCACGCCACUGAGUGCCUUGAUUCUUUGUGGCCGCACCAGCAUUCCCCCCCUAAGCGAGGUCCUCUCCACGACCCUGCGUACACUUAUCCCGUUCACAUUCGGCUGCGCGACGACCCCUAUGCGGCAAGAGUGCGCAGUCCGAUUAGCCGCACUGGCGUUAGUGUACGCAGAGUGCUGUGAACGGCUGCACUCGGCAGAGGGCGGAUUGUUGGCGGGAGAUGUGCUAGCUACUUUGCUAGUAGAGGUGUGCUGGCUAGCGCUCAGCGCGGGCGCUUGCGCGGCUUACGCGCGAUGGUGCGGAGUAGCUAGCGCCAGGCUUAUAGCUCUCGUGGCUGUGCCUAAAGCACUAGACCAAGGGUGGGGCGCGGCAGCGGCGUGCAAGUUGCCGGCGCUAGCACAACUGCCCGCGGUUUUCGCGGCGCCCGCGCAGGCUUUGAUACUUGCUGCAUUACACACGCAAGACAAUGACGACCAGGACGACCUGCCUUUUUAACAAGGGCUAGCAUGCACCGGGCCCAGGAUCGAGUGGCGUGGAGACAACUGGUGAAGAGCGUCCACAUUCGUCACGUCCCUCAGCCAUGAGGAUACGACAAAGAAGAGAAGAUGCUAUUCAAAACCACUGUGUGACUUCUAAUCACGUAUACGUCUUUUACUAGAGAUUUAGGACCAAGUUUUAGUAAUUUUGAGGCCUUAGCCAUAGCCUUUUAGGAUUUUGAGCUCAUUUCGGUAGCUAGGAAGAUUUUAAAUCAUUUGUAGUUAUAGGUAUUUCGAUCAACUAAAUAAAUGCUCAUUAAUCUCAAUUUUAAUGUAGAUAAUUAUUAAUUGACGCUCAUAAAAAGUGGUUUCAAUCACAUUGAAAACGGUUUCAAUCACAUGUGGUAUUUCUUAUGAAAAAGGUUCGUGUUUAUUUUUUUCCCCUCACUAGCUCGGAAACACGUGUUU